AUGCAAAGCAGAUCAAAGGGAAGCGAGAAACGGAAGCCACUGGCGCGUCAGAAAGCAGCCAUUUGGCCUCUCCUACUUCAGACUGCUGUCAUAGCUGCAGUCUUCCUUUCAUACCGAAUUGAUGAAUUGCGCCCUCAUGAAGGCAUGGCUUAUAGCUUCCACGCUGCCUUGGAAGAUCAGACCGAUGACCUUUUUUAUUGUAGCGCUACAAAUGCAAAAAAAGAAAACAGCCGACAGGAGGAAGAGUGCAUUCCGUGCCCUGCUAACGCGGACUGUGUAGAUGGCAAAAUGGCCUGCAACACUGGCUACAGACUUCAUACAGAUGCAUCUCAGGAGCCACAAAUUCUAGCAGCCGCAACAUGCGUGGAAGAUUUAGCAUCCAAGGCAAAAGCGGCGGAAGUGCUACACUUGAUCACAGAACUUCUGAGGGAGCGCCAGGGAAGGCACGAGUGCGGACUCCCUCUAGACCCUCUCUGCAGUCCUUCAGAUCACGGGGGAAGAAAACCGUGGAGUGAUUCGAUAAAGGCAAUGUGCUUCAGCCCUGGACUUACUCGCUGGCAGAUGCAUUUCCACCCGGAUAUUGCUUCGUCUAUAGCCAACGAAGCUGUCUACCACUGGCUUUUUAACCACCUUUUAACUCCAGAAUCCGCUGCAGAAUUCGAUAUUGAGGUAGAGAAGCACUAUUUGUUUGUGCCUCUUGCGAACCCGGUGGAAUUCCCUGAGCUCCAUGAACGUCUCGUGAAAGAACAAAGCAGGUCAAGAGGGAUUACAUACACCUACACAUAUAAAGGGUCCGAUCUUCGGAGGCCAUUCUCUUGCAGAAUAUCUGCAUCAGUUCAAAACAAUUUGCUUCCAAUGUUAACGGUGAUGGCGGUUGCUUUGGCAUGUAGCUAUCUUUCCCAGGGCGUCUACAUACGUUACUACGUUAGGAAAGAGGUGCUCAGUCUAAUCCGCCUGUAUUCUCGUACUGCCGAAGGCUUCCCCGUAGCUCCUGGGAUUUCUACAGAAGAUAUAUACAAGCUAUUGGCCUCCCAAUUAGCCAGUAAAGGCACGCUUACGCGGCUGAUCCUCAAAAAAAAACUUACACUUGGACGAGUGGAUGAAGCAUGCCACGAUCUGCUCUAUAGUCCCAAUACAAGAGUGCACGCGUAUCAAUUACAUGAGGCCAACCACUGGUGGGCAGAGGAACAAGCGCCACCUUUGAAUCCUCAUAAGAGAGAUACGGCAAACGGGAAUUCAAACUCAAAGUUGGCUACCACCUGCCCAGCAUUUGAAUCAGUCCAGCACCCUCCCACAACCAGUACCCAUAGCUUUGGCGCCGCCACAGUGCAUCAGUGGAACCGUGUCAGCCCGCAGCCUAGAGAGCACGGCAACACUAUUGGCCAUCCCUGGCAACGAAUGGACUACCAAGUCUCGGGUCUAAAAAUGGCGUGUAGAGAUGCCACCAAGGUACGUAAUGUAGUGGAUUUACGUUAUGAUAUGUGCGUGGCUAAUGGUUGCGUACAGCGGAUGAUUCGUAGAGUUCCUGACUCAUCAUGCACUGAAAAGCCAACGAGAGGACUGGAUGACUAUUUGGGUCUCAUAAAAGAAUAUCGAGAGCUCCAGCAAGCUAGCCACAGAAUCAGUGCUGAGCUUGCAAGACAAACAGAACUCCGAAGCUCUGGUACGUGA